GUCCUGAGCUCUGGGCUCUAGCUGUCAUUAUCAUCACCAUGUCCGGCCAGCUGAUGAGUGUGGAGGGGCUCCUGGGAAAACAUGUCCCGGCUGAGGAUCUGAGCGAGGUGUGGAGGAUCCUGUACGGGAAGGAGCUCAGGAAAUUAGAUCUUCCCAGCUCUGCUGUCAAUGCUGCAUCACAGGAGAAUUUUGAAUUGAAAGGCUAUGUCUUUGAAGCUGCCUUAGAACAACUACGAAGGCCUCGAACUGUUCGCGUGGGACUGAUCCAGAAUAAAAUCCAGUUGCCAACUACUAGUCCAGUAGCAGAACAGGUGAAUGCCCUUCACAGACGUAUCGCAGAGAUUGUGGAUGUAGCGGCUAUGUGUGAUGUGAACAUUGUCUGUUUCCAGGAAGCAUGGACAAUGCCAUUUGCUUUCUGCACCAGAGAGAGGUUGCCAUGGACAGAGUUUGCUGAAUCAGCUGAAAAUGGAGCAACUACCAAAUUCUGCCAGGAGCUUGCAAAGAAGCACAACAUGGUAAUUGUUUCUCCAAUUCUGGAGAGGGAUGAGAGCCAUGGAGAUACACUAUGGAACACCGCCGUGGUCAUAUCAAACACAGGAGCCGUUCUGGGGAAGACCCGUAAAAAUCACAUCCCAAGAGUGGGAGACUUCAACGAGUCCACCUAUUACAUGGAGGGAAAUACAGGACAUCGAGUUUUCCAGACUGCAUUUGGAAGGAUUGCUGUGAAUAUCUGCUAUGGAAGACAUCAUCCAUUAAACUGGCUCAUGUACAGCAUUAAUGGAGCAGAAAUUAUUUUCAACCCUUCAGCCACUAUUGGGGAACUAAGUGAGUCAUUGUGGCCAAUAGAGGCAAGGAAUGCAGCCAUUGCCAAUCAUUGCUUCACAUGUGCCAUCAACCGUGUGGGAACUGAGCAUUUUGAAAAUGAAUUCACAUCUGGAGAUGGCAAGAAAGCCCAUCAUGAUUUUGGGCAUUUCUAUGGAUCUAGUUAUGUUUCAUCUCCAGAUGGGAGUCGAACUCCUGGCCUAAGUAGGGUUAGUGAAGGACUUUUGAUUGCCGAGAUGGACCUUAAUCUGUGCCGCCAAACCUGCGACAAAUGGAAUUUCAAGAUGACUGGACGCUAUGAAAUGUAUGCUGAGGAGCUGGCACGAGCUGUAAGACCAGAUUUUCAAGCUGACAUUGUGAGAGAAUGAAGGUACUAAAUGUACAGGAGGAUAUUGCUGAAACAAAGCACACAAGCGACAACCUGCGUGCACUGCCUUUUGUGUUGUCAUCACGCUGUACAAGUAUUAUCAAACUGUAAAAGAUUUCCAUACCUAAUAAAAAAAAUAAAAAAUUA